AUGACGCGGUGCGAUGAGGGAGGAGGCAUGUCGUUCCGCAAACGGUCCGAAGUCAUUGGCGGCGGUGGUGCCCCGCCCACGCCUCGAAAUCCAUUAAUCGGGGGCCGAGGGCCACCUACCAACCCCGCUCGUACCCCUGGUAUUGCUCGGGGGCCCGGUAUCGCCCGGGGACCAGCAAAUCUCCCCACCCCGUCUCGGCCUGGCGCCACCUCUAUAACCAACCCUAGCGUACGCCCCUCGCUCGCUACGUCCCAGCCGACAGUGUCUACCGGUUCUAGUGAUGUGGAUAAGCUAUUGCGCCACCAGGGGAUCCCGCUAGGCUCGCUGCUUGCCGUGUUAGAGCUGGGCACCACCGAUUUCCUGCUGGUGCUCUUACGGGCGUUUAUCGCUCAGGGAAUCAUCCAUAACCGGUUGGAACUGAAAGCAGUCAACUGCCACGGUAUCGUCGUUGGUUUCAAUCAUCACUGGGCCCGCGAUUUGCCCGGUUUAUACAAGGGUUCGAAGAAAGACCAACAACGGCAACAAGUGCUUGCCAACGCCAACAAAGUGCUGGUGACCAACGCCAACAUGAAGAUUGCCUGGCGGUACGGGAUAAACCAGUCUAAGACCGAAGCCAAGUCCGAAACUGACGAUAAUAACUCCGCUUAUGAGCACUAUCGCCACACUUUUGAUUUGACGGAGAAAUUACUCCCCGCUCCCACACCCGCUGACAUUUCCUAUAUUCCGUUGGCACUGCUGAUUCAAUUAGUCAAGCAGAUAAAGCAGAUUAUCGAGAGAAAGGUGGCAGAAAACCCUAACAUCGUCAUUCGCGUGGUGGUGCCGUCAUUGCUUAAUCCAUCAAUAUACCCUCCCCUGUGGUGUCAGCUUACUCUGGUGACGCCGUUUAUCCAUGGUUUACGAGAGAUUACCAGGAAUUACGCCAAUAACGUCGUGGUGAUGGUGCUGUUGCCAUUAGACCUCUACCAGGAAACUCCGAUACCGCAGCUUAUUUCGUCGCUUGCUGACGGUGCCAUCCGCCUCGAGCCGUUUGCCCACGAUAUGGCGCAGUUGAUUGAGCGGGUACACAAAUCAGAGCCCCAGCGAGUGACCCACGGAUUGGUUCACAUUGAUAAAGUACCGGUACUUUCCGAGAGAGGGGAGAUGUUGGUGCAACGGCUGGAGUAUGCGUUCAAAAAUGGCCGUAAACGGUUUGAGAUUGAGCCGUGGGGGAUCCCUGUGGAUGAGGAGGAAGUUGACGACAAAGAUAAGCAGACAACGAAAGAUAUCGAGUUCUAG